UCGAGAAAACACUUUCUCGCCCUUUCCUAUCUGCCAAACAACCACCUAUUCCCAUGGCCUCUCCUCAUAUCUACUCCUCUUUCAAGUACUCUGACAGCCUCACCGUCGUGGCCAUUUCGUUCUGCACUGCCAUAGCCUACGAGAUUAUCUCCUGGCUCCUCAUCUAUCGCAUCAACUCCUACAAGUCGAGGUCCUCAAUUGACAAGGCUACCAAGAAGCUGGAGAUGAUGAAAACCGAAUCCUCCACCAAGAUCGCCAAGCAAUCUAAGACCAAAAAGAUGGAACGCGUCGAGAACAGCCUCAAGGAGUCGAGCCACAGCCUCUCCCUCUUCAAGUUCAAGUCCGACGCCGUCGUCGCCCUUGUCCUCUUCAUCGUCUUUGGUCUUCUUAACUCACUCUUAUUAGGGUUUUCACCACCACGCGGUGCCAACUAUUUCCAUAAUAUUUUCAACCAAUAAAAAAGGAUGGGUCGUGAGAGAUGACCAACCAUAUGAAGCAAACAAGAGAGGGCCUAAGAUGAGGAAGCUAGCCCAGAGACUAAAAGCAAGAGCAAUCCUCAUGGUGUUUCUGCUUAGAAAUUGAAGUGGUUUGACAGAAUUAGCAUUCAUGGAA